UGUUUACACGUGUUUACCAAUAUGGCGUCGACCCGUUGCCGCAUUUGAAUUCGGACGUUACUUUUUGUUUGCAGGCGUGUUGAAUCUAGAAAAUACAGUAGCGAUUAGGCAAUUUUACAAAGCAUUUCACGGUUCAGAGUGCCCGCGUCAACUGCGUGAAUGAUUGAUCAAAAAAUUAGCAUGGAAAACUUUGUGAAAAUCGAAAAAAUCGGCGAAGGAACCUAUGGUGUUGUCUACAAAGGAAAAAAUAAGAAAACCGGACAAAUUGUGGCAAUGAAAAAAAUUCGACUAGAAAGCGACGAUGAGGGAGUUCCUUCGACUGCAAUCCGAGAAAUAUCUUUGCUAAAGGAGCUACAGCAUCCCAACAUUGUUAGUCUGGAAGAUGUUUUGAUGGAAGAAUCACGACUUUAUUUAAUAUUUGAAUUCUUAUCGAUGGAUUUGAAAAAAUACAUGGAUACUUUAGGCAAUGGAAGAUUGAUGGAACCUGAAGUUGUCAAAUCCUACUUGUAUCAGAUAACUCAAGCAAUCCUGUUCUGUCAUCAAAGACGUGUAUUGCACCGUGACUUGAAGCCCCAGAAUCUUCUUAUUGACAAAAAUGGAGUAAUCAAGGUGGCAGACUUUGGAUUGGGUCGAGCAUUUGGUAUUCCUGUGAGAGUGUAUACGCACGAGGUGGUAACUCUCUGGUAUAGGGCUCCUGAAGUUCUCUUAGGAUCAACGAGGUAUUCCUGCCCGAUCGAUCUUUGGAGCAUUGGCUGUAUCUUUGCUGAAAUGGCCACAAAAAAGCCCCUCUUCCAAGGCGACAGCGAGAUAGACCAGCUCUUUAGGAUAUUUCGAGUACUGCGAACCCCGACUGAGGAGAUAUGGCCAGGCGUGACACAGCUUCCUGACUACAAAGCGACAUUCCCGAACUGGACAUCCAACAAUCUGGCAUCCCAAGUCAAAGUGAUAGAUGAAGAAGGUCUUGAUCUUUUGCAAGCGAUGCUGGUGUAUGAUCCUGUGUAUAGAAUAUCUGCACGAGCAGCUCUGCAACACCCCUAUUUUAACGACUUGGACAAGUCGAAAUUACCGUCAAAGUGAACAGUGAUGAAACAACGAAAUUAUAUACUUUACUUCAUAGUUUGCAAGUUUCUCACAUUACGCCGGCGUUUGAGCAGGUUCCGCAUGAUCAGAUGGUUCCUAUUUAAUUAUCUUCAAAUCUCACAUAAUUUCAGCUGCAUGCUGAGUCUAUAAUACCACUUAAAGUUUAAUUCAAUCAUCGCAGUUCUUUUUUUUGUUUUCGUUUUUGUUUUUGUUUAUAUGAUUUUAAUUUUGUCUUUUUAACCGUAACAUUUGUAGUUUUCGCAUGACAAGAUGAAGAAUGAAACGAAACCAGACAUAGUGUGUACCUGAAUAAAGUUCUCCGUUGGUUACAAAUACCAAUCGUUCUAUGUGUAGGAACCAUCUAGAGAGCGCUAUUAAGUACUAUACUAUUACGUAUUCCAUAACCAGUAAGAUAUCUAAGUUUUUAGUAUUAUAUCUUCUGUCAUUCACUGAGUUGGUCUAAUUUUAAACAUAAUUAUAUUUUAGAUGAACAAGUUAAAUGAAGUAGAGAAUAAAAAUGUCGAAAAACUAUGAACGAAACGGAAUGAAAUGAAAACACUUUGUGGUAUCAAGAUUUCGAUGUUCCAUUCAAUGAUAUUUAUAAAUGUAAGAUAAUUUUAUUGAAUGGAACUAAAGCAGACGUAGAUCUUGAGACUACAAAUAUGUACAUAAGUUGGGAAGAGUAAAAAAAAACGAAGUAGAAGACCGAACUAAGUGGUCAAAAUUAGUAUUCAUUCGAAAUAAGAAUAUUUUUGUACUUUCUUUACGACGAGAAUAUAAAAUAAGGAUCAAAAUUAA